CAGAACCUUUUUUACUGUGGCGAAAGCCAGCUGUUAAGUGACCCGGAGUUGACCCAGAGCGGCCGCUUAGCAAGGAUAGCUGACUGGCAACGGAAGGAAGCCCGCGUUGAGACCGCACGUGGACUCUCCAUCCAUCCACAUCUGCGAUGGUCCGUGGUGCUCGAAUGAGUUGACGACAAAACAGGACUAUUCGGGACUUGCCGCAAUCUGCGCCACUCAAAACUCCGUACUUUUCAGUGCCUCAUACGCGCUCAACGUGUCCCCAAACACUUAUAUGACCACUCCUGAGCCUAUGGGAAGGGGUUUCCCAUCAGGGCCGGCAAUGCAAUGGUAUAAAUGUCCCGGGGGUGCCCUGCUGUCCAACAGAUAGAUUAUCGCACCCAUGGACAAGGUAGCAGAACUCCAGCAGAAAGACGUCCCAGAGAUCUUGUUCCCCACUGUGGGCAUCUUCUUACCCCUCCUCGAGGCCAAGAGAGAGAAAAUACUUGCAACGAGCAAGAGGACGUUCCAGUAUGGCGCAACAGAGAGACACAAGCUUGAUAUCUACUACCCAUCAGCUACAUCUACACCAUCAAAGAGCCCCCUUCUAUUCUUCAGCUACGGCGGAGGCUUCGACACCGGCGCUCGCGCCCUCCCCCCACCCGCAGACCUCGUCUACGCCAACCUUGGAUCCUACUUCUCCUCCCAAGGCUUCAUAACCAUCAUCCCGGACUACCGCCUCGUCCCCAGCGUCCAGCACCCCGGAGCAGCCCAGGACGUCCGCGAUGCCAUGCAAUGGGCCAUCGACAACCCCGAGAACCUCGCUUUCGGCGGAGCCACGGAACCCGAUCUCGACGCGCUCUUUGUCAUGGGCCACUCUGCGGGAGCUAUGAACGUGUUCACGAUUCUUAUCACACCCGAGUUGUAUUCGGCCACUUUACAUCCUAGGAUUAAGGGCGCGGUGUUGUUCGCUGGGGCGUAUACGUUUGAGGAGAUGCCUGGGUUUAUGACCGUUGCGGUGGAGCAGUACUAUGGGCCGGCUUCCGUGGAGCAGGUUAACGGGCACGAGCACAAGGGAAAACAUCAGAGGGAGAAGUUACCACUGGGUCUGCUGCAGGCGGCCACUGAGGAGAAGAUAACCUCCCUUCCUAGAUUACUGCUGGGCAUCGCCGAACGAGACCCUGACUCGCUGAUCGACGCCUCGAAGAAUUUCCAGUUGGCUUUGGAAGCCCGUGGUCUGACGUACGACAAAUUUGUCGCUGCAGGGCAUAAUCACAUCAGCGUGAAUUUCGCGGUUGGCACGGGGCAAGGCGAGGAGUGGGCUGAGGACGUUGUAAAAUGGAUUAGAUCGGUGUGAUAUGUGUGAAAUUAUGAAAACUCUGCUUCGUUUUUUAAUACUUCUGUUCAAAUUCGAGUGUAACCUAUGUGAUGUGAAUUUUGCUUUUCAUCAGCUAGGAGUCCGACGGAGCCAUCCUUCCAGAAUCCCGAAACCUAAGAAAACGUGUCCUUAAUUACUCGACCAGCUUUCCAUCCAUUCUCCAUACUUGCCAGGCUAUAAUAAGAGCCAGUCGUUGGAAC